AAAAAAAAAAUUAAAAUUAAAAAUAUAAUCUUGUGUAUUUUUUUACAUACUUGUUGAUUUAGUUAUUUUAAUGUUUUUUUCUUUUUUUUUUAAUAGUUUUUCUGAUCUUUAUAAAUAACAAUGCGACUUUGCAGUUUGCUUAUGUUAAUAGUGAUAUUUCAAGAUAUUUGUUUAAUAUUCGGUGGUAAACAGUUUCGUUUAGGUAGAGGAAAUGGUGGAAAUCUUGGAGCACCUGGAGGUUAUGAUGGAGAAAUAUUACCCCCGGCACAAUGGUUUAAACAAAAGCUGGACCAUACAACUCCAACAAAUCUAAGACUUUGGAAACAGCGUUAUUUUAUUAAUGACACUUUCUUUGAUUAUAAAAAUCCUGGUCCGAUAUUCUUAAUGAUUGGUGGUGAAGGACCAGCUGAUCCUAGAUGGAUGGUAAAAGGUGCAUGGAUUGAAUAUGCACAGAAAUUCAAAGCAUUGUGCAUAAAUCUGGAACAUCGCUAUUAUGGAGAGAGUCAUCCAACUGAAGACUUAAGUACCAAAAACUUGCAAUAUUUAUCAUCAUAUCAAGCAUUGGCCGAUUUAGCCAAUUUUAUAACUGCUAUGAACACUAAACUAAGGCUUAACAGAGAUGUAAAAUGGAUAGCAUUUGGGGGUUCUUAUCCAGGUUCCCUGGCUGCAUGGCUCAGAUUAAAAUAUCCUCAUCUUAUUCACGCUGCCGUGUCUAGCAGUGGCCCGUUACUGGCUAAAGUCAACUUUAUGGAAUACUUCGAAGUUGUAGUCAAUGCAUUACGUGAGAAGACUGGAGGCGAAGAAUGCGUCGCACAAUUAAAAUUAGCACAUAAACAAAUCGUCACACUGAUAAGAACGAAUCCAUCAAUAAUUGAAAAGGAAUUUAAAGUAUGCAAGCCUUUCUCCCAAGCUACAUCUGAUGAUAUGAAAAAUUUCUACAAUUCAAUUGCUGACGAUUUUGCAGACUUAGUUCAGUAUAACGAGGAUAAUAGAAUUGGAGCUGAUAAGCGUUAUUCGAACCUAACAAUAAAUACCGUUUGCAAUAUGAUCACUAGUGAAGGAUCUGAUCCAGCAUACAAAAAACUUGCAGAAUUUAACACUAUCAUCUUAGAAAAAUCUAAUGCUUCGUGCCUGGACUACAGUUACGACAAUAUGGUUAAUGAGUUGCGAAAUGUUACAUGGGGCUCUGAUGAAGCUCGCCAAUGGAUGUACCAAACGUGCACAGAGUUUGGUUUUUACCAAACAUCGUCAGGUGAAGUGGAAGUUUUUGGUAACCUUUUCCCAUUAAACUUCUUUAUUAAACAAUGUCAGGAUGUUUUUGGACACAAGUUCGAUGAAAAUUUCAUUACAUCUGCUGCUGACUGGACCAAUACUUAUUAUGGAGCUUUGGAUAUAUCUAUAAGCCGCGUUGUAUUUGUGCACGGAUCAGUUGACCCCUGGCAUGCAUUGGGAGUUACUACUUCCGAAAAUAAUGACGCACCUGCGAUUUAUAUACGUGGUACCGCUCAUUGUGCCAACAUGUAUCCUUCUAGUGAUAAAGAUUCAAGUGACCUAAUUGAAGCAAGAGUUGAAAUUGAACAAUAUCUUAGAUCCUGGAUUUCAUUACCUUGAAACGACUGAUACUCAUACAUUUCAAUUAGAUCACUAAGAUAGAUAAGAAUACUCGUAUUAAAUGGGCUUUUGACAUGAAGUGGGAUCAUUAUAAUAUCAUUGUUUUAUUCGUUAACUGUCCACUACUGAACAUGGCCUCUUUUUUUUUAAUGAAUGACAAUAGCAACCCUGUCUGCGCUAACGAUACACGCUGGCGGGGAACUAGUGACAGAUGAUAGGUGAAAUGAAAAGGCAGGUCAGUUAGCCCAUCCUGAAUACACUAGAAAUUCAGCACGAUGGUUUCCAGCAGGGACCACAUGGAGAUCGACCUGACAGGGUAUAUUGUCUGUAGCCAGCAGUGAACAGAUAACGGCCAAAUAACAGAGAUAAUAAUUGCAGUUAGAUUUUAAAUCUCUUGACUGAAUUGUGAUAAAUGUAGAUAGGAAUUAGUUUUCUUUCAUAUUAAGGCCCUUCUUGUGCAGAAUCAUAAUGUUCGACUUUCUUUAUUAUUAUUAUUUUUAAUAUUAAUAAAUGGUCUACCGUUACUAGAGUAAAAUAAGUCUUUUUUUAUUGUAUAUACUCUUAAAACUCGGCUGAAAUUAUAAAUCUAUCUCAUCAUGACAAUUUAUCACUUUAGAUUAUUGGAAAUGUCAAUAUUUUAGGAAUUAGUACAAUGUGCAUUUGACUGUGACUGAUAAUAGAUGUAACGUAAACAUUACAGUAUGUUUACGUUACAUCGGUGUUCCUUUUUGUUAAAAGAUUUAAUAUCUAUGUAAUUUUUAAUUCUAUCAUGUAAAAGUUAUACAUAUCAUUAAAUCUCUGUAAUAUUAAAGAUAUCAGUAAAAACUAUUAACCAUAUAA